GGGCUUAGAUGGACGGGUUGCGUUCAGAUCGGAGCUCAGAUGGACUUUCAGCUGUGGCUUUUAGAAACUCGGAAUGGCUCGGUGGGAGACGACGACGAUUGUCCUUCGUUCGUGGGUCAAAGCGUGGACGAGGGAGUGGAGCAGAAGGUGCAGGUCCUGGCCGCUUCGUCGUCGGCCCUUCCACGAGUUGCAGAAGAACAUGUCGAAGCGAAGAAGUACGCCGAGUGAAGGGCAGGCAAGCGUAGCUAUGAGACAGUCUGGCCUGUACAUCCCACCGAGCAUACAUACCUUUUCAGCUUUCAAAUUCGGCUCCGGCUUCAACCAGAUCAAGCUCCGAGGACGAGCCUCAUUAGAACGCAGAGUGUCAAGGAAGGCUUUUAGUCAACAGGUUGAUCGCAUUGCAAUAUUCCGCUCGCUCGCGGAGUCCCCGUGCUGUUGGUUCCGAAGACUCCAAGCCCUCGCCCAGAAUUGUAUUCUUGUCCCACCAGACGAGACAGCCAUUUUAUUGGUGAAACUGCACUGAGUUGUGCAUGCGGACUAGCGACAAGACCAGACCAGAUCAGACCAGGUUGGAGUGGCUCCUGGGGUACUACUACUGGUAGAGUACAGCCAUUUCGGUGGGACUUGGGUCUUGGGUCUUGCGUGCUGGCUUCCAUUCGAGGGCACGUAAACUCGCACACAUCCAUGACCAACAAACAUUCAAAGUUCGACUGUGCGUCCGUCCAAGACGAGCGAGUGUGCCUGCUGCUCCAGCGUACACGAAAGAAUUCUCCGGUGUCAUCUCGUGCGCCGGAUAGGGGAUCCCACCGGUGGGGCAUGUUAUCACUCCAAUGUCCUUACUCCGGAAAAGUCUUACGUUGUUUAAGAAACUAAUAUGUGGGUCAAAUGUGCCGCAUGUGCGAGACACAAGUUUGAUUAAAGAAGUGCGAUUAAUACCGCCCCUCAACUUUCUUUGUUUCUCCCUCCCUCUCUCCCUCUUCAUCCCUCUUCUGGUGCCAGGGAACAAAACAAACCUACAACGCGAGAUGUGUUGCCCCCUGUCUUCACUGAUUUAUCUGUAUUUGAGACACUCCUCCUCG